CAAUAAAGUUGAAUAUGUUCGUUUGCAAUUGUUUGAUGAAACUCCAAUUACUUUUUUGAAUGAAUAUCUUCACAAGAUAUUUCCUAAUCUUGAAGCAUUUCAAGUGCGUAAUAGUUCCUUUGACGUAUUGUUCCCAACUAAAGGAACCACUGAUCAUCUCAGUAUGCAAAUUUCAAAGCAAAUAAGAAAAUUAUGGCUUUUUGAAUUGGAAAAGCUCGAGCACAUCUGGCAGGAAGACUUUCCACUGGAUCAUCCUCUGCUACAACAUCUUGAAUGCUUUUCUGUAUGGAGUUGUCCGAGUUUAAAAUAUUUGAUACCAUCUUCGACAUCUUUCACAAAUUUAACCUAUUUGAAAGUGGACAGCUGCAAAGAGCUGAUCUAUUUGAUAACAUAUUCAACAGCUAAAAGCCUAGUUCAACUCAAAACAUUACAAAUAAUGAAUUGUGAAAAGUUGUUGGAUGUUGUGAAGAUUGAUGAAGAAAAAGGAGAGGAGGACAUCAUAUUUGAAAACUUGGAACACUUGGAACUUACAUCUUUGUCAAGUUUGAGAAGCUUCUACUAUGGGAAACAAGCAUUCAUAUUCCCAUCUUUGUUUUUUUUUAUUGUUAAAGGAUGUCCUCAAAUGAAGAUCUUCUCAUCUGCACUCACAGUAGCACCGUGCCUCACAGAAAUUGAUGUUGGAGAAGAAAAUAUGCGAUGGAAAGGUGAUCUUAACACAACUAUUGAACAAAUGUUCAUAGAAAAGGAAGUCUCACAUUCUAAUUAAUAUGUUGAAUGAGACCAUCAUCUAUCCUCGUAUUUGCAAGACGCAAGAAACAUUGGAGAAGUAGUGCCAAGGAGCAAUUUAUAUUGGUGUUUGGAAGACUUUCAUUUAUUUUAUAUUUGAUUGGGUUGCAUUUCAAGUACCUUGUAUUGUAAUUUUGCUCUUAUUGUUCUGGUGGGUGAUGUCGAGAGAUUCUUGUACUACGUUACCUAUUUGCACAAAUGGUGUGCAUGCUA